AGAGUGUGAUGAUAACCAUAGACAUGUGCUGGUUGCUCAGUACAAGACAUUCCAUACACUAACCAAGCAGGCCUAUGAAACACCACCAGGUGACAGUGUCGCUCUGCCAACGCCUUCCUGUUCCCCCGCCACGACGUGUCUGUCAGGUGGGCACUUUUACUUGAUUUUGUUUCCAUUGUGUCAGGUGAGCAGUUUUAGUUACUGAAUUUUCAUUUUGUCAGGUGAGUGGUUUUACUUUAUUGGAGUUUCAUUUUAUUUUAGGUUCAUUGUCAGAUGAGUAGUUUUACUUUAUUGUGGUUUAUUUAUUUUAGGUGAGUAGUGUUACUUUUUUGUAGUUUUACUUUGUUGUAGUUUUAUUAUGAGAGGUCAGUAGUUUUAUAUUAUUGUAUUUUCGGUCUAUUAGGUGAGUAGGUUUACUUAUGCGUUUUACUGUAUUGUUGUUUGAUUCUGUUAGGUAUGGGGUUAUACUUUGUUGUAGUUUCAUUAUGUCAGGUGAGCAGUUUUAUUUUAGAUGAGUAGUUUUACUUUAUUGUAGUUUUAUUAUGGCAGGUAAAUAGUUUUACUUUUUUGUAGUUUUACUUUAUUGCGGGUUCAUUGUGUUAGGUGAGUAUUUUUACUUUAUUGUAGGUUUACUCUUUGUAGUUUUAUUGCAUCUGGCAAGUAAUUUGAUAGUAUUGUGUUUUCAUUAUAUUUUAGUAUAGUUUUACUGUAUUGUUGUUUGAUUAUGUUAGGUAAGGGGUUAUACUUUAUUAUAGUUUCAUUAUUUCAGGUAAGCAGUUUUACUUUAUUGUAGUUUCACUGUCAGACGAGUAGUUUUACUUUAUUGUAGUUUUAUUAUGCCAAUAGUACUACUAUAUUAGUAAGUAAUUGUAGUUGUUUUACUUUAUAGUACUUGUAUUUUCAUCCUGUUAGGUGAGUAGUUUUGCUUUAUUCUACUUUUACUUCAUUGACAUUUGAGUAUGUUAGGUAUGGGGUUAUACAUUAUCGUAGUUUCAUUAUGUUAGGUUAGUAGUUUUACUUAUUGUAGUUUUACUUUUGUUAUUUUAGGUGAGGAGUUUCACUUUAUUGUACUUUUAUUUUAUUGUAGUUUCAUGAUGUCAGGUGAGGAGUUUAUUUUAUUGUAUUUUGUUCAACUUUGUUGUAGUUUUAUUAUGCCAUGUAAAUUGUUUUACUUUACUGUAGUUUUACUUUAUUGUGAUUUUGUUAUUUUAGGUGAUUAGUUGGAAUUUUUUGCAGUUUUACCUUUGCGUGGGUUCCUUUUUUUCAGUGAGUAGUUUUACUUUUUGUAGUAUUACUUUACCAGUAGUGUAGUUUUACCCGACUGUAGUUGAAUUAUGCCAGAUUUUACUUUAUUGUAGUUUUACUUUUACAUUGUAUUGUAGUUUUAUUAUGUCAGGCGAGUCCUUUUACUUAAUAAUAGUUUUACUUUACUGUAGUUUCAUAGUUCUGGUGAGUAGUUUCACUUUAUUUUGGUUUUAUUAUGUCAGGUGAGUAGUUUUACUUUAUUAUACCUUCAUUAUCCCAAGAGAGUAGUCCUACAGUAUUGUAGUUUUACUUUAUUGACCAUUUACUGUAUUGUCAUUUUACUUUAUUGUAGUUUCAUGAGUUGAGUAGUUUGAUGUUUGUUGUAGUUUGAUGACAGAGUUCAAAGGUGACCUUGAUGAUGUGGUUUCUUAUGACAACUUGCGUGUACCUAAUGACGUGACCAUCAAACAGAAAGUGAGGAAGACUCUUCAUCGCGAGGGUGCCGCGUCGCCACGGCAACGAGGGACGCUGACUCAGCAGAGGAAGAGGAGCGAGAGGAAGAGAAGGAGGAAGAGGACACAGGUGAGAAGACAGUGUGAUGAAGACUCAGUGAGAUGUCAACAUGUCGCCUCUGCUUCCCCUCUCUCGUUGUCGUCAUCGUGGUCAUCAUGGAGGAGGAGAAGUGGAGGAGGAGGUGUCGUCCAAAGCGGCAGCAGAGCGUCCCAGCACCCUGCCGCUGACGGCAUCUUGCGGCGUGAAGAAGAAGAAAGUCCUCGCGGCUCCGCCCCUCAGCGUGUCCUUAGGUGGCACUGUGAUGAAGGCGAGCGCGUCUUGUCCCGUCGUCCACUGACGCGGCCUUCUUUGUCUUUUUCAGGACGCAGCGAGUCGGGCGACUUCCACUCGGCGUUCCUCUCGCUGUCUCCUGGGGACCAAGACGACGGCCUGGACGGCGGCCUGGACUUUGACCUGGACGCCAUGGAGACGCCAUCAGACAGCGAGUCCCUCCGCUUCCCUGCCGACGACCUGGAUCUGGAAGAGGACACGCGGGGUGGCGGCGUGGCGGCGUCCUCUCGGACCGGGUCCUUGCCGGACUCUGAGCAGGGUGGACUGGGGGCGCUGGAGCGUGAGGACAUGGUGGACAGCCAGGGCACCAGGUGGCGCUCUUUCUCUGCGGGCGAGCCCCCCCAGGAGAGCCGCGUCAACAUGAGCGUCCUGGAGCCUUUCCUCAGGGUCCUGUCACACGGAGGUUACUAUGGAGACGGGAUGAAUGACAUCAUUGUGUUUUCCUCCUGUUACCUGCCGGAGAACAGUCUGGAAAAUUACCAGUAUGUGAUGGACAACCUCUUCAGGUACCUGGUGGGAACCCUGGAUCUGAUGGUGACGGAGAACUACGUGAUAGUUUAUCUUUGUGCUGGAGGACAGAAGGACAAACUUCCAGGCAUCGGCUGGCUGAAGGAAUGCUACCAAACCAUCGCAUGGAGGUUGAGGAAGAACUUGAAAGGAAUGUACGUGGUUCAUCCGACGUGGUCCAUCAAAACGCUCAUCACCAUCAUCAAACCCUUCAUCAGUUCAAAGUUCAGCAGGAAGCUUCGCUUCAUCAGCAGCCUGCAGGAACUGGCGGCCUUGCUCCCUACCGAGCACGUGCAGAUUCCAGACUGCGUCAGACUGUACGACCGCAGCUUGUCCAGCUGAGAGAGAUUCUCGCUCUGUCAUGCAAGACGGCGGCGGCGGCGUUUUCCGGAUGGCACCUUCAUCAAGAGAGUUUUGUGUUAUAAAAGUGUUGCAAAUAAAAGUGUCACAGCA